AUGCGCGCACCGCAAGCAGCAGCAAGAGCGGGACGAAAGGCAUAUAAGGUACGUAAAGCACGAAAGGCACGCUACAGACAGGAGCCGGUUCGCGACCAGCCCUUUGGUCUCAAGCCAUCAGGCAUCGAGGUCAUGAGGACUCACCGCAACACUCGCAACGCCAUGGCAAAGGCCGCGGACCGUGGUGACGACGUGAUUGCUGUCUUGAUCGACUGCUUCGCUGAAUCGGUACAGCGUCACUCCGUGAGAAGACUGGACAUGAAUGAGCUGCUCAGAGUGUGCGAGGUUGCAUGGGAAGCGCUUGAGAGGGAUCGUCUGACUGGAGAAGGAAGAGACAUUGUGGACCUCGUCAUGGACUUGGUGACCCAAGCCUGUAACGGCAGGCAUCCAUCUCACUUCCAUCCGUUCGUCAACAAUCCUACCGGAGCACACUUUGGCAUUCGUUCGAAGCGUGUCAGGGGAGCUGUCAACCAGCUCAAGAUUCUUUACAAUCAAGAGAUCAAAAGAGGCUACGUACCAGCUCUAGCCCGUGAUGUCAAAAGGGCCGAGUACCGAUUGGUUGAUGUGGUUGGUUGGUACGCCAGGAUGGAUGGUACAAUGAACAGGGCAGAGUACGCGUUUCUUCGCAAGAAAUUCCCAUGGCGCAGAUUCGACCACGUUGCCGAGUAUGACGCGAUCAACCCCGAGCGACUCGAUGUGUUGCUCUUGUUGGACACAUGGAUCUGGUGGAUUUGA